AUGAGAGAUUUCCACAUCGGGCAGAGUGAUCUCACCGGUUUUAGGGGCAGGCAGGAAUCCGAUCUUGACAAGGUAGCUCACGUACCGGGCCAAAAUGUCCAGAGUCACACCGGCUCCAACAGAGGUGUCCUCACCAGUGUACUUGGAGUCAGCAACAAGACUCUCCACUGCGUUCUUAUCGCACAAUUCUGGAGCUUUAGUGUCUUGUGGCAGGUUAUCCAGCACAAAGUGCAGCAAUGGAUACAGCGCGUUGUCCUUGCCUUCGUCAACAACGUAUCGUUCCAAAGACUUGGUCCAUUGCAGGUAGUCUGCACGCUGAACGUUGUAGCCAAACUUGUGCAGAGCAGCCAGCAUUUCGUUAAAUCUGAUACGUGGAUGGCCGGUCACGUGAACAACAGGAAGCGUGGCAGCAGAAGGAGGAUGCAGAGCAGCAGCAACAACAACACGGGCAACGUGGUCCACAGGCACAGUGUUGACGCUGUUGGAGAUGUCCGGGUACUCGCCAAUCUCAACACAGCCCUUCAACAUACGGAGCAAGAAAUCGUCCGUGUUGGCAGCACCAGUCUUGGAGAAACCUUGCACAUAACCAGGUCUGAUGACAGCACCUCUGAGACCCUUUUCACCGGCCUUUCUGAUAAUAUACUCGGCAGCCCACUUGGACUGUCCGUACCCGGUUCCCAGGCCUUUGGAAGCACCCAUGAGGUCGUCGGCCUCGGAAAUACCAGCCUCUCCGGCAUCCACAAGCUUGUCAGAAAGAGAGACGUAGUAUGGAACGUCGAUGGUCGAGGUGGAAGACACAAACGUGUACACCUUUGGUUUACCUUCAGCACAAAGAUCCAUUACAUUGACGGCAGAAAUGACGUUGGCGUCACGCAAUUUCGAGUAUGGGUACACCCAGUGGACCAAAGCUCCGUUGUGCACAAUCACGUCGAUCGACGUCACAAGUGUCUUCCAUUGCUGCUCGUUGCCAAAGUGAGUCUCGGCAAGGUCUCCAAGAACAAUCUGGAUCUUGUCAGUCCAUUUGUCAUUCCAGAUACCGUAAGUCUUUCCGGUCUUGACAAGUCUCUCCAAAGCAGACUUUUCAUCUUUUGCACGAACGUGAGCCCAGACCUUGAUAUUGGUUUUUCUGCUCAACAAGUCACGCAAGAUGAACGAUCCCAAGAAUCCAGUACAUCCCGUCACAAACACGUUCAAUGGUUGUGUGAAAUCCAAAGAUUCUCUGGUUGGGUACUGUUUCAAGGUAGCAGCUAG